GGAAAUGGGAAAUGGUUAUUGUUAACAAUUAAUGGAAUUUAUGGAAUUUAUUUGAUUGUUGGAGAAUAGUGGUUUUUCUGCAAACGCUCUUUUUUCACAAAUUGUUAAACUAUAAAUUGUAAAUAUUGUAUAUAUUGUAUCUAUUUUUUUUAUACUUUUAUUAUAAACAUGGAAUGUGAAAAUGUAUUUGGAGAAGGAAUUCCAUUUCGCGAGGGAAUCCCGAUUCAACUUUUAAAUUACGUCGAAAAUGAAAAAGAUCGUAAUGAAUUCGGAGAAAUUAUUUUCAAUGAAGAAGCUUUAGAUAUCAUUAGAGGAAUUGAUGGACCCGUUGCAAUUAUUUCCGUCGUUGGAUCGUAUCGUAGAGGGAAAUCAUGGUUCGCCAAUGUGUUACACGGUAGACAUGAUGGAUUUAUGUUGGGUUCAACAGUCGAUAGGUGUACACAAGGAAUCUAUAUGUGGAGUAAACCAUUUGAUUAUCAAGGAAAAAGAAUGAUUGUAUUAGAUUGUGAAGGAAUUGAUGACCCAAAACAAAAUCAACAAUGGGCAACUAAAUUAUUUGUAUUAUGUUUAGCAAUUUCGUCAACGUUUAUUUAUAAUUUAAAUGGUGUUGUUGGUAAAGAUGAUAUAGGAAAAUUAUUUUUGAUGACUGAUUUAACAAAAUUUAUUGUGCCCCCUCCAGAUUAUAAGUUUUUACCUAAAUUGGUCGUACUAUUACGAGACUUCAUGUUAAAAAAUCCUGAUGAUUUUAAGGAUUACUUUUUAGACAGAUUAAACUCUGUGAAUGAACAAGCUACUGAAGGAGUUAAGAAAUAUUUCUCGGAUUUCGAUGUGUUUGGGAUUCCGAUCCCGAUGGCAGAUCGGAAUCAAUUGCAAAUAUUGGAUAAAUUACCGACAGCAAGUUUACAACCAGAAUUUGUUACUGAAGUGACUCAUGCAGUUAACAACGUUUUAUCUACAUCAACACCAAAAUAUAUUGGAUCCUGCACUAUGACAGGAGUAUCAUUUACAAAAUUUCUUCAGGAUUGCGUCGAAAAAUUAAACGAUACUUCAAUUAUGCAAUUAUCAAUCCCAAGUGAAUAUGAUUCUGUUGUUGAAUACGUUGCACAAAGAUCUAUUAAGGAGUGUGUCCAGAUGUAUACUUUAAAUAUGAAUAAGAAAUUAAAUAAGGAUAAAGAAAGAAGUGAUGAUAGCUUACAUGUUGAUGUAUUUAAUUGGAAAGCUUUUAACGAAAUUCAUAUGGAAAUUUUUAGUCAAGUUGAAAAAGAAUUUUUCAAGAGAAUUAUAGGAGAUAGUAUACAGAUAAGGCAGUAUGAAAAUGAAUUAAAUAACUCGAUUAAUGAGCAAUUUGAAAAAUUUCGCAAAUCAAAUUCUGAAGCUUUAUAUGAAUAUAACAUGGAAUUAGCUAAAAAAUUGUGGGAAAAUAAUGUGAAAGUACGUCUCUCUGCUGAAAAUUUCUUUAAAGAUCAAGAAGAAUUUGAUGAUGCGAUUGCAAUUUUUGAGAGAGAAGUGAUAGAUACUCUAAUUGAGGAUUGCCCUGAAACAGAAAGGGUGAUGGCAAAGAUUAAGUCCGACGAGUAUCAAGAUGCAAUCGCAACGUUAAAAUCAAUUGGAAUUCUCAAAAAUGAAUUGGCCGAACAGAUCAAAUCAGUGCAAGAAUCUGAACAAAAAUACUUGGAAUUUUCCGCAAAUGAAAAAGAAACGAAAUUUAAAAUGGAAAAAAUGCAAGUAGAGCACGAGGAAAUAAAAAGACAUCUUUUAAACAAAAUCAGAGAGAAAGAUGAAAAUACUGAAAAACAAAAAAUUACAAAUAUUGAUGUAUUAGAACGAGCUAAUUAUGACCGUGAAGUAGCAUUAGCUUUACUCAAUAGCGAAAAAGAAAAGGAGAUUGAAUCAUUGAAAGAUGAGCUUAAAAAAAUCAAACAAAAAAAGGAAGUUUGGGUACAAAUCAUUCAAUCCUUUAUUCCUUUACUUCAUACGGGAUUAAAAUUUGCAGCUUCUAUUUAUUUGGGUAAAAUUUUUCAUUAAUAUUAAUGAUUACAUUAUUAUCUGGCGACCAAAAUUAUGCAGAUCAUCACAUGUUGAUGUAAUAUAAGAAACAUAUAAUUUUGUACUAAUAAUAAAAUAACAAUAAAUAAACUUU